CUAUGGAAAAAGAGAUUGCACAUCAAGGUGAAAAAAAAAUAUUUUGAAAUCAAUAACAAGACAAGUUCCAAAGGACUAAGGCAACUUUACUGAAACAUGAGGUUGUGUGUGUGAGACAAGGAUCUAUUUUGGAACCCAGAGGAAAAACCAUAUCGUCGAAGACAAGAGACGAUUUAUCGUCCUUUUCGUCACUUGAGUGACCUAUCUAGCCUCCUUGUUAUCUCUCAAGAUAUCAAUUAAGACAUCGUCAGACAGGUUCUGGCAGCCAGCACUUGUUUUCUAGAGUUGUUGGAGUGGUUUAAGAGACAAGUUCGUGAUGUCCUCGUCGUCGUUGGUCUCUUAUGAAUCGAUGGUUCAUGCCUUAUCUGGAUCUUGUGGCAGUUGCUCGGCGAUGGCCAUUACUCUGCCCUUGGACACCGUUCGAACUCGAAUGAUCCUGGAUCCAAGCAAGGGUCAGGCUGACACAUUCAAGCUGAUGCUGCGGAUCCUUCAGGAUGAAGGCUUGAUGUCCUUGUUCCAUGGAGCUCAUUCUACCAUUACGUGCGUGGCUGUGUCCAAUUUCAUCUAUUUUUACACCUUCCAUGGUCUAAAACAGAUCUUGGUGGGACCCAAUGCCAAGCAGAGUGCCUCAAAGGACUUGGUAUUUGCUUGCCUAUCAGGGGCCUUGAACGUCUUUGUCACCAAUCCUUUGUGGGUGGUGAAUUCCAAAUUGAAAAUGCAGGGCAGAGGGACCGCAGAUCUCCAGGGACGCAGGGAUGGCAGCGGCGGCCCCCUUAAAAUCAAGUUUAAGGGACUAUUAGAUGGUUUGAUUAAAAUGGUUCAGUCAGAUGGGUGUGCAGCUUUGUGGAACGGCUUGGCCGCAUCGUUGAUGCUUGUGAGCAAUCCGGCCAUCAAAUUCACGGUCUAUGAAUAUCUGAAACGUCAGGUCUUGAAACGUCAACUUUCUUCCACGAGUUUGUCGGCUCUCCCAGCAUUUGUAUUGGGAGUUCUGGCCAGCUCGGUGGCCACUGUGGCAACGUAUCCACUCCAAGUUGUUCAAGUUAAAUUGAGACAUGGCCAUGGAUACAGCAAUCUUUCGCCCAAUGCCAAUACCGCGAAACUUUUUAUUUACAUGAUUAGGAAUUUUGGAAUUGGAUCGUUGUACCGUGGUUUGGAUGGAAAGUUAGUCCAAAGUCUCAUCGCAGCUGGGUUCAUGUUCUUAUCUUACGAGAAGAUUUCCGCCUUGAUAUUUGCUCUCUUUGGCCUUCGUAAGGCCAUUAAGUCAGCUUGAGUUGAUGAUGCAUCAAUAUGCUUUAUUUUGGUGAUUUCGAAUAACACUGAUAUCUUUAGCACAUAAACGGUAGUUUUUCAUUGCA